CUUGGACUAGCCUAGCGCUGUAAACAUGGCGGCGCCUAUACAGAACCACGUGUGGGUCGGUACCGAGACUGGAAUAUUAAAAGGCAUAAACCUUGUGAAGAGACAAGCCGCCAAUUACACAGAUGUCUCAUCUCUCACCCCUGGACAAGAAGUAAAUGUUAUGUGCUGGGGGGAUCCUCAGGAAUCCGAGAUCCUCAUUGGCUGCAAAGAUGGGACAGUGAAAGUCUACAGCGCAGAGAAAUCUAAAUUCACAGAAUUUCAUGAUUGCGGAGGAGGAGAGGGUGUGUUCCGUGGCCUUGGAAUCUUAGAUAAUGCCAUCAUAACAUGCGUGGAGUCAGGAUUACUCAAGGUGUGGCAACAGGGAUCCUCUGAGAAUCUAGAGCUGCAGGUUGGGCCCGGAGUGAGGAAGAUGCGCCAGUGUGAUGCUGAUCGUAACAAAGUAGGAACAGGUGGAAAAGAAAAUGAUUUGAAAAUUUGGGACCUGCAAAGAACAGAGGAACCAAUCUUCAGAGCAAAGAAUGUGAGGAAUGAUUGGUUGGACUUGCGAGUACCAGUCUGGAUUCGUGACCUAGAUUUCAUUCCAGGAACAGACAAGAUUGUCACUUGCACAAGUUACCAUCAAGUUAGAAUCUAUGACCCCAGUUGCCCUCAGAGACGACCAGUUUUGGAGGCUUUAUAUGGUGAAGAUCCUCUAACUGCACUGAGUGUCACACCCGAUGGCAUGUCUGUGGUGGUUGGAAAUUCUCAUGGUAACAUUGGAGUGAUCGAUCUGCGGAAAGGCAGUCUUCUGCGUGCUCUGAAGGGAUCUGCAGGCUCUAUUCGUUCUAUACAGUGUCACAAAUCAAUGCCCCUUGUGGCCUCGUGUGGUUUAGACAGGUUCCUGCGGGUACAUCACUUGAAUGACAAGGAACUUUUGCACAAGGUGUAUCUCAAGUCACGGUUAAAUUGUCUUCUCUUGACGUCACGUGACAAAUGGGAGGAAGAGGAAUUGGUUGCAACUACUGAACAGGAAGUCAAAGAUGAGGAGGAUGAAGUCUGGGACGCUAUGGAGACUGUGGUGGAGAAAACUCCAACUAUACGGCAACCGGUCACAAGUGAUUCUAAUGCAGAGGAUAUAACUAAAGUCUCCACGUCCAAGAAGCAGAAAAAAAAGAGGAAAGUCAUCUGAAAUGUACCAAGCUCUCUUAAAGUGUCUACAAGUAAAUGCUCAGCAUGGAAGCUGUUGUGCUUUUCCCAAGUUGCUGAUGGACAUUGUUAGAGCAAACUGUCAUUAAUGCACUUUGCUCAUUUUAGAACUUUGUCCACUUA